AGGCAAUCCCACAGCACCUAAACCUCUAAUCUCUCUCAAAGUCUCUCCCCCAAUUCGUAACUCGCCAGUCCCUAGAACACUAGUACCAAGUGUCGACAGAAUACGGAGCUUUCGCGCAUCGACAGUGUUCACCUAACGUCCCCCGAAGCUUCAUAUCACUCCCGACUAAGAUUCAACGCGCAAACACGAACACCCAACGAAGGGCAUACCACGUCCCCUGAGCUUACCGACACACACACUUUCUCUCAUAAUGGCGCAAGCCUCACCCUCCAACCCCACAGAACCUUCCACGUCCUACAUCGACCCCACAUUCUCCCUCGUAAACACCUCAUGUCUCGACCUCCUCCUCAUAGAGCUCGUGCCCAUGGCCUACCGGAUAACAGCCGACCUCGCCGCGCGGGAGGACGAGUGGAUACACGGCCCAUCAUCCAAGGCAAAGCAGAGAAAACUGUCCGGGGCGAGUAAUGAUGCGUCAAGUACGGCUCCGGGCACACUAAGAGGAGGGGCAGGUGUAGGGACCGAGGGAGGCCCCGUAGGAGGAGGGACAGUAGAUGAGGAAGAAGCGAGAGAAGCCGUGUUCCAUAGAUUAGAGAGUGUGGGGUACAGAGUCGGUUUAGGGGUGGUAGAACGAUUUUCGCGCGACGCUCCCCGCCCCACGACGCCCCUAGACUCCAUAAAGUUCCUCUGCAAAGAUCUCUGGACACUCCUCUUCCGCAAACAAAUCGACAACCUGAAAACAAACCAUCGGGGCAUCUAUGUGCUCACAGACAACACAUUUAAGCCCAUCACACGCAUGUCCUUUGACACUAAAAAAUAUGAUGCCGCGGUACAGGCAGCACUCGUGGCGCAGACAGGCGACCCGGCGUUGGGGCGGGAUGCUAAUAGCCAGGCGAGAGUGCAGCCAUUUUUAUACUUUCACGCGGGUGUGAUUAGGGGGUGUUUGGACAGUUUGGGCAUCAAAGCGACCGUUACGGCCGAGUGUGCGGCCUUGCCAGCGGCGACGUUUCAGAUACGCACUGCGGGUGCGAAGAAUUGAUGAUAUGUGGUAGACGUUUAUGAUAUUAUUUGAGCGGCAUUGGGCGGUGUUCAGGAGAUUGUGGCUAUCACGCGCAGCAGACUUUGUUUAGCAUAUAAGAUUGUCCGCAGCUUGGCUUGGAUUUUCAGUUAUCCACUAAGGUACUAGUUCCAGCCCGCUCAGAUCAAGCAUACAGCUAUGCACAUUUCGAGAUGUGUUCCGUAUGUCCUCCGUUUCCAUCAUCCGUCACAGUAUGCUACAACCUAUCUG